UUAGCAACAUGUACUAUUUUAUUAUUAUUAUUAAUUAUUAUUUUGGCUUUUCUGUCUCAUGCGUCCAACAGGCCUGAGAGGAAAUCUAAAAUCUCGGCUUCUCGCAAGCUCAUGCUGAAGAGCUUGAUGGUGGCCAGGGCCAAAGAGCAUCUGGAGCAGGAGAUGGUGGACAAGGAGGAGCAGAAGAAUAACUACUUGGAUGACAAAGCACCUGUGUUGGAGACCAACUCCAUGAACUUAGAGGAACUGCAGAGACUCUGUGAGGACCUGCACUCCAAGAUCCACAAGGUGGACGAGGAGCGCUACGACAUUGAAGCCAAAGUCCUGCACAACACCAGAGAGAUCCAAGACCUGAACAUCAAGGUGCUGGACUUACGAGGCAAGUUUAAGAGACCCAGCCUUCGAAGGGUGAGGGUCUCUGCGGACGCCAUCCUGCGCUCCCUGCUGGGCUCCAAGCACAAAGUGUCCUUGGACCUGCGAGCCAACCUCAAGUCGGUGAAGAAGGAGGACGUGGAGAAGGAGAAGACGGUGGAGGUGAGCGACUGGAGGAAGAACGUGGAGGCCAUGUCAGGGAUGGAGGGCCGCAAGAAGAUGUUUGACGCAGCCAAAAGCCCCGCCCAGUGAGGCCCCGCCCAGUGAAGAUGCACUAAACUCCUGACUCAGCAUGUUUCGUCUGCACUGCAUGUCGUCUUUUAUUUACCACACUGCCCUUGUACUUUGUACCACCUGAUGAUUCUCCCUCAUAUAACUGAGUGUUAUUCCACCAUAUGUUUGCAUACCAAGGAAUUAAAAUGUAGAAAUGCGGUCGAAUUAAUUGUAUUCUCUUUUUUUUUUUUACCAAACAAAAUGUCCAACACAUGGAUCUACAGGCCUCCAAUUUGGACUUUUUAAUGUAUAUUCUUAUACUUUUCUAAGGUAGCUUUCUGUGUACUUUUAGUGUGGGGACAAUAUUGUCCACACCUGUCUCCAUCCAAACACAGCAGUGUCUCUUAAACACACGGCGGGAAGCGAGGGGAAAUGAGGUUAAACCAAGGG